AUGGAUACGAUAUAUAUGACCUACCGCUUGAAGACCAUUGCUAAACCUGAGAAGAUCGAGGUGUGGACCGGAUUCGACUUCAAGGGACGUAAUGGUGCUUACAGUCAGAUGAAAUGGAACAAAGACCAUUUCACUGGGACAGACUACGACCACAGAGGGAAAGCUAAGGCCGUUUGGCAGUUUGAGGGCAAGUUUUGGGCUAAUGAUGUUGAUGAAGAGUUAGGAAACUAUGACUACCUACACCCGGAAGUCCGACGUGAUAUCGCAAUAUGGGUGAUGUGGUUGGCAUCCCAGUUGAAACUGGGUGGAUUGCGACUUGACGCGAUCAAGCAUUACUCUGGUGGCUUCCUGCGCGAGAUGCUUCAACAUAUAGACCGGACUAUUGGGCCGGAUUGGUUCAUAGUUGGCGAGUAUUGGCGGGAAGACUCGGUUGUUCUCGCGAAGUACAUCGAGUAUAUGAACCACCGCAUAUCUCUCUUCGACGUGAAGUUGUGUUCCAACUUUUCGCGACUGUCCUUCCAGAAGGAUCCAGACCUCCGAACAGUCUUUGAAGGAACACUGGCAUCUCUUAAGCCACAGAACACUGUUUCCUUUGUUGUAAAUCAUGACACAACCCCUGUUGCUCCAUACUUUAUUCCGAUGGCGUACUCACUCAUUCUUCUCCGCGCUGACACGGGUCUUCCAUGCGUUUUCUACGGGGACCUGUACGGCUGCAUUGAACCAGAGGUCGAUGGCAGGACGUUCAGUUCUCUGGCCAGUGGAGGGGUUCUGGUCCCAAAACUCAUGCUUGCUCGCAAGCUCUACGCAUAUGGUUCUCAGCUGGAUUACUUCGACCAAACCAAUUGCAUCGGAUUCACCAGGACUGGCCAUCCUUCACGAUCAGGGGGUGCUGGCUUAGCCGUUGUCCUCACCAGCGGAUGGACCUUCGCUAGCAAGCGGAUCGAUGUCGAUAUAUACGACAUCAAGCCACGACGCGAAGGGAGGAGAUCUAUGAGCAGCGCUGAUGAAAUAAGGCAAUCCCAGAGCAACGCCACCGAGCCCAAUGCCACGAACCCAUAA